UUUAAAACUAACAAAUCAAUAUGAAAUUAUUCGUUGUAUUUGCUCUGUGCGUCGCCGCGGCUACCGCUAAUAUCAUCAGUCCCAUUGUGGUUGGUGAUGAGGCAGCUGAAAUCCAACAGAUCAUCGAUGCUAUCAACCACCCCAGCACCGACCCUGCCACCGCCGCUGCUUUAGAACAACUUUUGAACGAAGUCCUCGGUCUAACUAAGCCCGAACCCAUCGACGUCGGACCUGCCAUUGUUGAAGGUGACUACGAAUCCAUCUCAGUUGGCCCCGCUAUCGUCGACGAGAUCGUACCAGCUCCCGUGCUUCCUGAAAUAAAUAACUCCCCUCUUGUCCAAAUCAUCAUCAAUGUCAAGCCUGGUUCUGGCAAUCCCGUAGUUGUCGAAGGUCUCCCCGAGGUCGAGCCCACCCCCGUGAUCGUUGAAGAGAAGCCCGAGAUCGAGCCCACCCCCGUGAUCGUUGAAGAGAAGCCUGAGGCUCCCGAGCCCGUUAUCGUUGCCCCCGUAAUCAUCCCCGAACCCGUCAUUACUCUUCCUGACAUCCUUAACUAAGUAAACGUGUACUAGGUAACAUCUC